ACGGAGAGUGGCGGGCUACAGAAACAUGGCCGCCAUUUCCUUUCCGGUCAUGCCUGUGGUGGGCGGGGCGUCCAUAGGAAGUGACGUUGUCGCAUAGGAAGUGGAGCAGACACAGUGCUUGCGGCUGAAUACCGGUAACCAAUGGAGGGACUGACAGAGCGGAUCAGCAGACGAAGAACGUCUAGCGAGGAAAUCUCUCUGCACACUCUAGUAAUAUUUUCCAUUUAAACCCAGUGUACGCAGAGAACCCGACCAGUGAGGAUGAAUGGCCAGACAGACGAAGUGGAUUAUAAAAGAAAAUAUAAGAAUCUUAAGCGCAAGCUGAAGUUUCUCAUCUACGAGCAGGAAUGUUUCCAGGAGGAACUGAGGAGAGCCCAGAGGAAGCUUCUGAAAGUGUCCAGAGAUAAGAGCUUCUUGUUGGACAGAAUCCUGCAGUAUGAGAACGUUGACGACUCGUCAGAUUCUGACAUGACGGCUUCCUCGGAGAACAGUGACACAGAGGGGGGCCGCGACCACAGCACCCCCACUGCUAAGCGGAAGAGGAGCCCGCCAGCCGGACCAGCCUCCCCGCCACCCUCCUCCUCGUCGGGCCUGUCCUUACACACAUCCGGGGGCCCAUACCUCAGCGCAAUGAGCUCACCCCCCUACACCCCGUUCCCCUCGGAGUAUCUGGCUCCCAUCCCCAACUCCACGCCCCCCAAACUCGAGAGAACCAAGAGAGACCGAAAGAACCGCGGGGUUAAGCCCAAGAAGCCCAAGAUCGCCCUCAGCUCUUCCCCCAGCUGUGGUGGAGUCCUGCCGUUCAGCUCCCGCUCCUCAGGCCUGCCUCCGCUGUCAUCGUCAAGCAAGCAUACCCCUCCGCCCGCCAUCCUCAGCACCGUGCCCCAACAAAUGUUCAGUGACGGAGGAGAGGGGAGCGGAGACGAGGGCCCCUUGGAUGGAGAUGAAGAGGAUGAUUUAGUUAUUGACAUUCCCGAGUAGUACACGGAUAUUCCUGCACUUUUAAGUGCCCUUUCCUGUGCUCAGUCUGGAGUGAACGCUCACUUUAUGAGUGUGUCUGUAGCACCUCCUACUGAUCCUCGUCUUAUAAUGUGCUGGGGACAGCUCUCCUGCCAUUGGGUCAUCACUGGCAUAUAAUCCACCAGGAGGCCUUCAAUGAAUAUGACAUGAGAUGGACAACCUCUAAUAACCUUCCGUCAGCAGAGGCCGACCAGCUCAGUAAACCGGUCGCCGGUGUAUGAAAUUUGGGACACCAGGAAAUGUGCUGUAACGGCAAGCAACCAAUCAGAUCCUGUCUUUCUGCUAGUGCAUUUCAAUAAUAGAAGCAAACUUCUGAUUGGUUUCUGUCACAGCGCUGCUUAUGGGCAGUAGUUUUCAUUAAUGUUUGCACUAUAUGUGUUUAUAUUCCCUAGGGAUAAAUUUGCUAAAGCUUUUUUAUAUAUAUAUAUAUAUAUAUAUAUAUAUAUAUAUAUAUAUACAUAUAUAUAUAAUUUU